AUGAACGAUUCUGAUUCUCAAAUUAACAAUCCUUUAAGUAAUAGUCAUGUCUCGAAUUCUGAAUAAGAAUAAUUGAUACGUUAAGAAGAAUCAGAUUGUGAAUAUGAAUGUUCAUAAAAUCCAAUGUUAACAGAGGAAGAUAAUAAUGAAAAGUCUGUUGUAAUAAAUAAACUCAUCUAAAAUUCAUGUAACAUUAAUAAUAUCUUAGAGUCUUCCAAUUAAAUAAAUAAAAAGAGUUAAUUUGGAUCAUUUUUGACAUCUUAAUAGCUUGAAUCAUAAUAAUACAAAAUAUCAAUAUAAUAAGUAGAUUCAAAUAUUGGUAAUCCAUUCUGUUCAGGAGAAGAGGAGACUCAAGAGAAUUUGAAAAUAAUAAAAGAGAAACUAUAAGAACUGGAUUUAAAAGUAGUUAGUUAAGCUAAUGAAAUCCUAGAAAUUCAAAGUAAAAUAUUAUUAAUAUUUAGAUAAUUAUAAUUUAACAAUAUAGGAAAUAAAUAAAUUGAAAACUGAUAAUUAAAAUUAUUAGAAAGAUAACAUGGAAAUAAGAAAAUAAUUGUAAAAUUAUGAAAGUCAAAUUAAAAAAUUCUAAAAUUUGUUAUAAUUAUUGAUUUAAGAGAAAUAAUUAAAUCGUUAUGAUCAUUCUAUUUAAAUCUAGAAUAAAAGAUCUAAAACAACAGUUGAAAUAACCAAAGAUAUGAUUAAUAAUUAAGAAUAAUAAAUUAAAAAAAAAUAAAAGCAAACAAAUAGUAAUGGAUCUCCUAUAAAAUAAAAUGAAACUUCGUUGUCUUAAUAAUAAGCAGCUUUUCUUUUAAACAGUUCUAAAAGUUAUUAUAAUAAACCAUACAUACCAUAAAUUCAAUUAUUUAAUGCUAAUUAAUUAGCAGCUUUACUUAAAUAAUGUAUUUAUAAUUUAUAUAAAAGCAUCUAAUCGUAAAGAUGAGGAGAGAAAAGAUAUUUAAUAAAAAUUUGCAGGAAAAGACUUUAAUUAUUUACUUCAUAAACCAACAAAAUCUAGUUGUAAGAUUAUAUUAAGAUUAUAGCCAUAAAUCUGAAUCAAGUAAAAGGUUAAGGUGUUCAGUCAUCCAAUUCAUUUAUUAACAUUUCUUUGACAAAAUGA